UCCCCAUCCCCAUGAAUGACUGUGGGGGGGAGGGGAUUUCCCAACCCCCUGUAUCUUGGAGGCAUUGGGGGUGGCCUGGGUGGAAGACCCUGGCUUACCCCACUGUUAGGAGUGAAGGGAUCCCAGCGUGGUGCUGUUGAUAGGGGCUCCUGGGUGGAGGAGAAAUACUGGCAGCCAGCCCCAGUGUAGCCCCUGACAGUGACACCUCUGGGGGACCCCUCUGGUACUCGGGUGACCAUCACGGCGCCAAGGUCGCUGAUCGCGUACAGAAAAAAUACUCUUUUCUGACAGCAUCUAAGACUCACCAGCGUUGAUCCAAGGCACAGCAGUCUAUGAAUAGGCUUGCAACAGGCAAGUGGUGCCUUGGAGGUCUUCCAGGGCAUAAUGGAUUUGGCAUAUGUCUGUGAGUGGGAGAAAAGGCCUAAAAGCAACCACUGUCCUUCCAUCCCACUGGUAUGUGCUUGGUCCUGCAGGAACCUGAUUGCUUUCACAACAGACCUCAAAAAUGAGGAGGAAAAAGAUCUUACCCACAUGAUCCAUAUCCUGGACACUGAGCAUCCAUGGGAUGUUUAUUCCAUUAACUCUGGGCACAUUGAAAUCAUCACCUGUUUGGAAUGGGAUCAGUCAGGUUCCAGGCUCCUGUCAGCAGAUGCAGAUGGACACAUCAAGUGCUGGAGCAUGACAGAUCACCUGGCUAACAGCUGGGAGAACACUGUGGGCAGCAUGGUGGAGGGAGAUCCAAUUGUGGCUCUUUCCUGGUUGCACAAUGGGGUGAAGCUAGCACUGCACGUGGAAAAGUCCGGAGCAUCGAAUUUUGGCGAGAAGUUUUCCCGGGUCAAGUUCUCUCCCUCCCUGACUCUGUUUGGUGGGAAGCCUAUGGAAGGCUGGAUCGCUGUGACCAUUAGCGGCCUGGUGACAGUCUCUCUCCUCAAGCCCAACGGGCAAGUGCUAACAUCCACGGAGAGCCUGUGCCGUCUGCGGUGCCGUGUCGCCCUGGCGGACAUUGCCUUCACGGGUGGGGGAAACAUCGUGGUAGCCACCUCAGAUGGCAGCAGCACCUCUCCCGUCCAGUUCUACAAGGUCUGCGUCAGCGUAGUGAAUGAGAAAUGCAAAAUUGACACAGAGAUUCUGCCCUCCCUUUUCAUGCGGUGCACCACAGACCCAGCCCGCAAGGACAAGUAUCCGGCAAUCACUCACUUGAAAUUCCUCGCCAGGGACAUGUCAGAGCAGGUGCUGCUCUGUGCCUCCAACCAGAACAGCAGCAUCGUGGAGUGCUGGUCUCUCCGGAAAGAGGGCUUGCCAGUCAAUAACAUCUUCCAGCAGAUCUCUCCCGUGGUUGGAGACAAGCAGCCGAUGAUACUGAAAUGGCGGAUUCUCUCCGCCACCAAUGAUUUGGAUCGCGUUUCAGCUGUGGCUUUGCCGAAACUGCCAAUCUCCCUAACCAAUACUGAUCUGAAAGUGGCCAAUGACACCAAAUUCUUCCCUGGACUGGGUCUUGCUUUGGCCUUCCAUGAUGGUAGCGUCCACAUAGUUCAUCGCCUGUCCUUGCAGACCAUGGCAGUGUUCUAUGGUUCUUCCUCUCAGCGCCCAGUGGAUGAGCAGGCGAUCAAAAGGCAGCGGGCCGCCGGUCCUUUGGUUCAUUUCAAAGCCAUGCAGCUCUCCUGGACUUCACUGGCCUUGGUUGGGAUUGAUAACCAUGGCAAGCUGAGCAUGCUCCGGAUCUCUCCCUCCAUGGGCCAUGUGCUGGACAUGAACAUGUCUCUCCGCCACUUGCUGUUCCUGCUGGAAUACUGCAUGGUGACGGGAUACGACUGGUGGGAUAUCCUGCUCCAUGUUCAGCCCAACAUGGUGCAGAACCUGGUGGAGAAGCUGCAUGAGGAGUACAUGCGCCAGAAUGCAGCCCUGCAGCAGGUUCUCUCCACACGCAUUGUUGCCAUGAAGGCCUCUCUCUGCAAGCUUUCCUCCAAUACUGUUGCACGCGUGUGUGACUAUCAUGCCAAGCUAUUUCUGAUCGCCAUCAGCUGCACCUUGAAAUCGCUGCUCCGCCCGCACUUCCUGAACACUCCAGACAAGAGUCCUGGUGACCGGCUCACCGAGAUCUGCUCCAAGAUUACGGACAUAGACAUUGACAAAGUGAUGAUUAACCUGAAGACGGAGGAGUUUGUCCUGGAGAUGACUACCCUGCAGUCCCUGCAGCAGCUCAUCCAGUGGGUGGGAGACUUUGUGCUCUAUCUGCUUGCCAGCCUCCCUAAUCAGGGAUCCCCUGUGCGGCCAGGGCACAGCUUCCUGCGGGACGGGGCAUCACUGGGGAUGCUUAGAGAGCUCAUGGUGGUGAUCCGGAUCUGGGGCCUGUUGAAGCCAAGCUGCCUCCCUGUUUACACGGCAACCUCAGAUACCCAGGACAGCAUGUCCCUACUCUUCAGGCUGUUGACUAAACUCUGGCUGUGCUGUCGUGACGAAACUCACCCGAGCGAGCCAGACGAUACCCUGAUUGAUGAGUGUUGUCUUCUCCCCAGCCAGUUGCUUAUUCCCAAUGUAGACUGGUUACCCAUCAAUAAUGGCAUUAUCAGUAAGCUGCAGAACAAGCAGCUCAUCAGGCUGCAGUUUGGGAAGGCCCCUGGACUCAUUGGUCACACUGUUUCAUCGCAGUUUGAUGUCUUUGUCAGGGCACCUGGGCAGCCAAAAAUUGACCACUUGAGACGGCUUCACUUAGGGGCAUAUCCAACAGAGGAGUGCAAGUCAUGUACCCGGAAAGAUCCCCGGGCUGUGUUUGCAUGCUUGGAAGCUGGAGAUUCUGUGUACCAGGUUUGGAGUGGAUGAAAGGGGAUGAAUACAGAACCGCACAAUGCCAUUUUUAGAAUCACUUUUCGGAAUGGGUCUGCAUUUGGAGUCCUUCUGAGCUGCACCUUGUGACAGUUUCCCCCCAGGGUGCCACUUGGAACUGGGGUACCACUGAGCCUGCUGGACCCAUCAGCCUGGGUUCCCUUAACACUGUACCUCUGUGCAGCCUGCCAAGCCUUCCCUCAAGCUUCAGACUGCACUUUACCAGCACACACCCAGCGGCAGCUUCACAUGGAUGCUGCGGUCAGCUCUGCGUGGGAAGGCUCAGCUAAGGAACUGCCCAGUACUCAAGUGCACACCGCCCUCUAGAGGGUAAACCCAAAAUUAUACCAUCUUGUGCUGCACAGAAAUCUGUACAGCAUAAGAUCAUGAAAUUCACCCUCUCCCUCAGUGUGGAGAGGAAUAUACAUGUCUUUCUACCCCACAGUUAUGAUUUCCACACACUGGUUUAGACAAAACAAAAAUAAAUGUGUUAGUCUCUAAGGUGCCCCAAGGACUCCUUCUUGUUUUUGCUGAUAUAGACUAACAUGGCCCCCCCCUCUGAAACCAAAAAGAAGUUUAACUACAAAAGAUAAUUUUAAGGGAUAGCAAACCGAUGAAAGCAGAUUAACUAGCAAAUAAAAUAAACCUGCAAUCUAAGCUUAAUAUACUAAAGAAAUUGGAUGUGUGUAGUAAAUUCUCACCCUAAAUGUUGUUUUAGGCAGAUUGCAGAGAUUCUUGAAGGCAAGCUGCACUUACUUGCAGCUUAAAACUCCAGUUAUUCCUUUCACAGGCUAGACGGCCUUCUAGCCUGGGUUCAGCCCUUCUCCCCUAGUUCAGUCUUUUGGCUGCUUAGGUGUUUCCAGCAGUCCUCUUUCUUGGGCUGGGAGUCAGUGAAGAACAAACCACGAUGAUGUCCCUCCCCUCCCUUAAAAUAGUUCUAGCAUAUAGUGGAAACCCUUUGUCUCCCAGUUUGAUUCCCACACCUGGUCAGUGGGAAAAACACUAGGGUUAUCAUGGAGUCCAGUACCAGGUGACUAUAGGGCCACUGCAGCCAUGACUCGGAGGCUGUUUGCAGGGUUCCCAGGAAGGCUUCCUGGUGGGAGAUUAGCAUCUUCUAAGACAUAUUGUUCUCCCUAAUGGCCUUUCCCAGCCAGUCAUUGAGGGCUUGUCUACACUACCAAGUUGUGUUGACAAAACCUAUGUAGACACCCAAAAGUCGACAAAACAAAAAUCGCCGAAGGGUGUUCACACUCGCUCCCUCUGUUGACAGAUCAUGUCCACAUUGGGGGCACCAUCAUCGACAGGGUGAGCAAUGCACCAUGGGUACGUAUCCCACAGUGCAGUGUUGUGGGAAGAAAGAGCUGAUCGCUGCGCAUCUUGGGAUUCUCUCCAAGUUCUCCCACAGCCCCCUCAGCUGCCGAGAGCAGCAUCCUGAGUAGCUCUGUGAGCUCUCCAUGUCGAGAAAUGGCAAAGCAGCCCAGCAGUCUGUCCCCUUGCCCCUGCAGCAGCAGGUUGCCUGCUGCUGCCUGCCUAGUGCAGGGCAGACCAGGAGCAUGCCAAUGAUUUGCUCUUUCUUUGUUCCCGAGACAGCACAGCACACAGAUACUUCCCGGAGCUUUGAAAGAGGAGGGACGCAUGCCUGCAGGGCAGUGGAAAUCAAAACACGGAGCAGAGCAAUCGGGGCAGGCAUUGUGGGAUACUGGUGGAAGCCAGUUCUGUGGACAAAACAAUCAGCAGUGUCUACACUGGCUCUUUCCCCUCAAUAAAGGGAGGGGAAAAGACAAAACUCUCAUGGGGUGAAGUUUUUUGUCACCAAAACGGGGCGUUUUUCAUGAUUAAAAGUCCCGUUGUAGUGUGUAUGCUCUUGCUGUUUUGUCACCAAAAGGCAGUUUUUGGUGACAAAACUUGGUAGUGUAGACAAGGCCCUAGACUGAUUGCAUUCUGCCUAGUGCGUGUUCCUCAGGUAUAAACAACCUUGUAAUAGAUGCAUAGGCAAUAUUCCUAGCUUCAGAUACGAAAAUGAUCCAUGCAUACAAAUAGGAGAAUCGUAUUCAGUAAAUCAUAACCUUCCCAAUGAUAUGUCACAUGACUUAUCUUGUCUAAAAUACAUCAUAAUUAUGCCGUAAUCAUAU